CAACGACCGCGCUGUACUGAAGUCUCUCGCUUUUCAGAAUUUGAAACGACUUUACCACGAGUUGGAAAAAGCACUCCCACUGUACAUGUUCCUCUUCCCUUCUUCCUUCCUUCCUUCCUUCCUAAGAAUCAUCUUCUUCUUCAUCUUUAUAUACUCACUCCCUCUCUCACAGUGGACAAGCACGUACUGCUUCAAUGUUUAAGAAGGAAUUGAAUUGGCCAUUUGAGCGAUGGAUGAUAUGAUCUAGAUCGAUGGGUAUGAUGAACUUCAUCAUCGUCUCGAUCGUUUAAUUAAUGUUCUCUCUUUCGUUCAAUCGAUGGAUUAGUUUUUCAUCACCACUGUGGUUCUGACGCUUCUUUAGGCAUGCUGCGAGUAGCUGGGCUGAUCAUACAAAUGUCAGGGCGUGUGAGGGAUAAGUGACAAGGCAACCACGCAAGGCACAGAGAAGCAGAGAGGAAUUAGCAAGAGGGGUGCUAUGGGUCAAGUUAUCUCCAAUUUUAUUUCAUCUUUGUUGGAUGGAGCAAAGGAGAAAGAAAGUUCAAGUGGGCUGAAGUUACUGAUUUCUCAGCCAGACUUGGAGUCUCAGAGCAACUCUGGAUCAAGCUCUGCCUUCCACCGCCAUAGCCCUCUAAUUCCUUCAGCGAAGUUGGACUUGUGGGGCGAUUCAUGCAGGGAUUUGGGCAAUACUAAUGGUGCAUUGCCUCCAUUUUUGGUGGUUGAUUCAAAUUAUGCAUUGGAUACAAGCCUAAAGACUUCUCCGCCAAUCACCAGUCCAUGUAGCGAUGCGAGCGCAAGUGUUUCUUUUCACGCAACUUCUCCACUGUGCUUAGACUCGAGUAGUGAUUCUGGACCAACUGCUUCUUGGCGCCAGAAGGUGCUGUUUCCCCAACCAAAAAGUAAUGGUGGUUUUGAUCUGUUUAUGGUUACUCCGAAGAUCUGGUCUGAAGAAGAUGACUUGCAGAUUUAUCCACCAAAGAUUGACUUGUGCAUUGACACAAGUGUAAAUGAUGCAUUCCAUCAAGGCUUAGUGGGUACCCCGCUAAGCUCGGGUUCGGGUGACACUAGUGUCGUUGGUUCUGAACAGUUCGUGGUUGUUGAUUCAAACAUCCAAGUUGAAGAAUAUGACUUGGGUGGGAGGCAAGUUUCUCCACAUCCUCAAAAGACCAAAGGAAGAAAGAGUAAAGGGCCAAAAAAAAGAAUUGAACCCAAGAAGGAAGAGGAGGUAAACCUAUGCAAACAAGUUGUCGUAAAGGAAAAAUGGAUUAAGCACUACAGCAAUCAGCACAAGAUACUUCUGGUGGGGGAAGGAGACUUCUCAUUCUCUGCUUGUUUGGCCCUGGCUUUUGGAUCUGCUACUAACAUGAUUGCAACUUCUCUCAACUCCGUAGAGUUUUUGACUGGAAACUAUGGGAAAGCCCUGGACAACAUCAGAGAGUUGAAGGUUAGGGGAUGCGAAGUAAUGCAUGGAGUGGAUGCCACCAAGAUGAAAUACCACGGCAUGCUCAAGCAAAAGAUAUUUGAUCGAAUCAUUUUUAAUUUCCCGCAUGCAGGCUUUUCCCAGAAUGAAUCGCAGGAGUCCCAGAUUUGCCGACAUCAAAAACUGGUGCGCCUAUUCUUGAAGAAUGCUAAGAAACUGAUCUCAGGCGAGGGGGAAAUUCACAUUUCGCACAAAUCAAACGGUUUCCAUAGCCAGUGGAAAUUAGAAGAAUUGGCUUCGAAUCUCGGUCUCCGAACUAUUGGUAAGGUGCGAUUUCAGCUGACGGACUAUCUGGGCUACAACACUAAAUAUGGCUAUGGUGGUGACAAGAACUUCAACUGCUACCCCAGCAAAACUUACAAAUUUGGACCUUAAAAUAAAAGGAAGUAGAGUUUGAAGGCUUGGCUACAUAACACGCUAUAUAUCAUAUGUUUGUAUAAAAUGAAGAGCAGAAUGUUUCAUGGGCAAUUUGAUAUUUUGGCUGGUAUGAAGGAUGUGAUCUAGUGCUAUAUAUAUCAUGCAACACAGACAUACUUAUGCCGCAGAGGAAGCUUGGUUAGCGGGUGGAAAGAUCUCUAUGCCAAAGUUUAAUGUUUUCGUGUAUAAAACUUAAUUGUGGCUGUGAUUGUUUUAAUGUUUUUGGAACUUGGUAGGGUAUGAAUGUUAAUGCAUAUGAGUGAUGGUUAGAAGU